GCUGCCCUCUCCGGACCCUCAGCCAACUCUUACCAUUCUGCGGCAUUUUUUUCUUAUCUGUGUUCACUAGUGUCCUCUGUGUGUGUGUAUUUUUUCUCCCAAACCUCUGUUUUUCUAAUUUUGAAAAACCUGCGUGGGAAAAAAAAUGCUGAGAUCUUCCACCUGCAGUUGAAAAAGCAGCUGUUGUUAAUAGCGGUUCACUGGUCAAGUCGAGAAAGGAGAUACAAGUAGGACCCAAAAGCUGUCUGUGGAGGUCCUUCCAAAACAAUUAUCCUUUUUCCCAAACGUUAUGGUGUUGUCUGAUGUUUCAGCGGAACCACUUAUGGACUGUUCGCUGGGUCCUGUGACCUUUGAGGACGUGGCUGUGUACUUUUCACAAGAGGAAUGGAGGCUCAUUGGUGAGGCCCAGAGACUCCUGUACCACGACGUUAUGCUAGAGAACUUCACGCUGGUUGCAUCCUUGGGGUGUUGUCAUACAGCAGAGGAUGAACAGACACCUUCUGAGCAGAAUGUUUCUGUAGAAGUGCCACAGAGAAAUACCAAAAAGACAGACCUGUCCAGCCAGAUGGUCUGUCCCUGGGAGAUGGGUAACCUGGCCUUAGAAGGUGGUUUGUGUGGACCCGAGGUCCUGCGAACAAACCCUGGCCAGACACUGUGUGGGACAGAUGUGAAAUCCCACCAGCACGGUGGAGAGAAGCUCGUGAGAAGAGAUUUGGGUAAGGCCUUAAUGAAGAACUGCACGAUCCAUGCAUCGAAGAAGGCUUUUAUGUGCCAAGAGGCGGAAAGGAAGGAUUUCCCUGGUAGCUCUGGCCACGUCCAACACCAGGUUAAACCACAAAUGAUGGAGUUUGUAGCAGAGUUUCACAAUGGAGAAAAGCGUUUCAAGUGCAAUGAAUGUGGGAAACUCUUCUACCGGAAGUCCAGGCUUGCUCAGCACCAUAGAGUCCACACCGGAGAGAAGCCUUAUGAAUGCAGUGAAUGUGGGAAAGUCUUCAGAUGCAGCUCCAGCCUUGCUAUACAUAGAAGAAUUCACACAGGGGAAAGGCCUUAUGAGUGUAGAGAAUGUGGAAAGUUCUUUAGGCAACACUCCCAGCUUGUUGUGCACCAGAGAAUUCACACUGGAGCCAGACCAUAUGAGUGCAGUGAAUGUGGGAAAACAUUCAGUACUAAAACCAAGCUUGAUCAGCACUGGAGAGUGCACACCAGAGAGAGGCCUUAUGAAUGUGCAGAAUGUGGGAGAACCUACACCUGUAAACGCAUGCUUGAUCAGCACCAGAGAGUCCACACUGGAGAGUGGCCUUAUGAGUGCAGUGAAUGUGGGAAAGCCUUUAGGUACUUCUCCAGCCUUUUUAUGCAUAGAAGAAUUCACAGUGGGGAAAGGCCUUAUGAGUGUAGUGAAUGUGGGAAGUCUUUUAGGCAAAAGGCCCACCUUCAAGGCCACCAGAGAAUUCACAGUGGAGCAAAGACUUUUGAGUGCAGUGAAUGCGGGAGAUAUUUUGGCCAAAAGUCUGUUCUUACUAAACACCAGAGAGUCCACACUGAAGAAAGACCUUAUAUGUGUAGUGAAUGUGGGAAAUGCUUUAGGGAUAGAACUAGUCUCAUUAAGCACUUGAAUUUACACUGGAGAAAAGCUACCUAAAUGCACUGAAUGUGCAGAAGUCUUAAGCCAAAGCACCUGAAAAGAAAAUUUCACACCACAGAAAGACCUCACAAGUGCAGUACUGUGGAAACUUUUUUUUUUUUUUUUGGUCAAAAGUCUACUCCAAGCACCAGAACCAUCAUGGCCCAGGUAGACCCAAGAGUACAGAGCAUGUAGGAAAGUUUCUGCUGAAGGUCUAACCUCAUCUGUCACCACAAAGUUCAUUGUUGAGAAAGGCCUUCAAACUAGAGGAAGAGACCAGCAAAUGAGCUGUGUUCUUAAGACAUCUUACUGAACAGGCUCUGUAAGGGAAUCAUCACCUGGAAGUUGAAUGCCAUCCAUCUGCACAGCCCUGGUACGGAGAAGGCCUAUGGGUCCUGGUUUAUUGGAAGCUUCUAAGAAGCUCAGAUCUACUUCCUAACUGGUGCAGUGGCCUUGCCAGACUUCUGGUCAUUGUGAGUUUCUUCUGCCAAGUGAAAGAUCCUCUUAUGGGCGUCAGUCCCCUCAGUGUGAUCAGGGUAGGUAGACCUUUCUGCUCUCCUGUUCCCUGAAGGAAAGCACAUGUAACCGGAGCACUUGAGUGGUGUCAUGCUCUUAGAUCCUAUCACCUGCCUAGGAAAGGAACUAAGCAGCUUUGACCUUGCACAUGCACUCUGGGUUCUGAUAGCUGUUGACAGAGGUUUACUUUCUUUGGCAUUGAGUCAUGUCAUGCUUAUGACAGAUGUUUCUAUCUUCAAGUCACCCUGCUUGACAACUGCUUUCUUCUAAGCAAUUCUCUCUUUUUUCAUGAUGCAUAAUUUCUUGGAGAAUGAUUUCCUGUUACAAGUAAUUCUUUUUUUCUGAAAAAUACACUAUUUUGAUAUACCACCCAUUGAUUAUUUACCUGUCUUUUUUUUUUUUUUUUGUAUUUUGUUGUGCCUGGUGUUAAAUGAGGCACACAGUAUAGUUAGUUGCGCCAUGGGACCUCUUAGAUGUAUCACGGGGAGUCUAGUUCCCUGACCAGGGAUUGAUCUUGGGUUCCCUACACUGGAAGUGUGGAGUCUUAGCUACUGGACACCAGGGAAGUCCCUCCAUUAAUCUUUGAAAGGGUGGGAUUUUGGUUAUUACAGAUAAACUUAAUAUGAAGAUACACAUAGAAUUAUAUCACCAUGUGGUUUCAUACUCAAAAGUCAGUGAUUAUACCCUAUUGCCAUCCCAUCGAUGUUGGAACAUUCCAGUUUUCUUGUAUUCUUCACUAGUAGUUGGUUGAUAUGGCCAGUAUUUUGAGUAUUACCUCAUCAAAAAGGGCUCCCCUGGUGGCUCGGAUGGUAAAGUGUCUGCCCACAAUGCAGGAGACCCGGGUUCGAUCCCUGGGUUG